CAAAAUUCCCCAGGGCAACGUGUAAUAAUGUAUUUAAUAAUUAUGUGUCCAUUAUAAUAAUAGGGAGGAUAAAGAAGAUUUUUACGUUUGAAAAGAGGUAAUUAGUUGGAUGGGGGACAAUUUUAUUUUUAAAAAAUUAUUUGCCGUUAAAAUUAUUUGCCGUUAAAUCCCCCUCGGUAAAUCACACAAAAAAAAUUUUUUUAUUCGAAAAAAUGUCAAUUUCCUCCUUUCAAUUUUUUAUUUUUAUUUCAUUUGUGGUCAAUUUAACAAAUUUAAUUAAUCUUGGAUUAAUAGAAUCUGAUUUGGAUUUGGUUAAUGUAUGCCAGACGGCGUUGAAUGAAGCUAGGGUAGCGGGGAAAUGUUCGAAUGAGGAGAUACAAAUUGUCAACGUCUCUUCCGGUUGUGGCACUCUGUCAACAUUUAGUUUCCUUAGCCUAAACCAAAAUCAAAGCGCCUCCUUCGGCACAGCCAACGCUGCUUCUCUAUACUUUCAAAAUUCGAUUCAAGCGAUAAUUUCGAGUAGAUGUGCUGAAGAAAGUAAAGAAAUUGGGAGGCUGGGCUAUUUUUGGAAAUUGCCAGUAAUUAACAGGGUUGGGAGCUAUUUGGAAUUGUUUAGAAGGGAAUUGUUUCCGGUGGUGACACAUUUUACUGGUUUUAGUGUUGUUGCUAUAGGGGAGACUGUUGCAAAGUUGAUGCAGAGAAUGAAUCAAACACAGGUUUUUUGGCAUGUGACAUUUUGCCAAGAACACAUUUGGCCAGUGAAGAUAAAAACCUGCGUUUUGUCACAAACCUAUUGGCAAAACGUGGGAUUUUAGCCUUAUUGGCAAAAUGUGGGAUUUUAGCCUUAUUGGCAGAAUGUGUAAGAGC